GGCCUUCAGUUGUCGGGGAGAUAACUCACAAGAGAAGAAGCAGAAAAGAUUCUAUCUGGAGGAUCAAGAAAAACGGGCCAAAUAUCGAACUGAGGUGGAUAGUUGCAGAAGCCAAACAAGGGCAGCGCAGCACAAGAGCCAUGUGGGAGGAGGGUGAAUGGGAUUUGCUAUUUGCACGCAUCAAGUCCAAACACUUUUUCUGCUGACAUACACUGAACUUUCUCAAGCCUUCCACUGGAGCUUUUCCUCAGGGGCAGCCCCUGCUAUGAACCCCAGCUCUAUUUGCUUCAGCAGGCAGUCCGACUUCAGUGCCAGGCACUGUGUGGGCAUCCCACAAGUCUGGGUUCUGCCCACACAGAACUCACAGACUUCCCCAGAAAAAAGAGAAUGAAACACUCCUGAAUCACUUUUUUUUUGUGUGUGUGUGGUGGCUCUCCUAUCUAGUGUUAAACUGAUCUGUUGUGAAGUUUGGUCUGCCUAUUCCCCCCAGCCUGCUCGGACUCACAAAAACCCACUCGAACUCGUCCACCGGGCCCUGUUCACCCACCACUUCAUUUCUAAUUUGCUCUCCCAUCAAGCAGCAGCACGAGUUCCUUUGUGCUAACCACGUGGUGGAGGACCAUGGGAUGCCGUCAGAGCUCGGAGGAGAAGGAGGCAGCGCGGCGCUCGCGGCGGAUCGACCGCCACUUGCGCUCGGAGAGCCAGCGGCAGCGGCGUGAGAUCAAGUUGCUGUUGCUGGGCACCAGCAACUCCGGCAAGAGCACCAUUGUCAAGCAGAUGAAAAUCAUCCACAGCGGAGGCUUCAACCUGGAGGCCUGCAAGGAGUACAAGCCCCUCAUCCUGUACAACGCCAUCGACUCCCUCACCCGCAUCAUCCGCGCCCUCACCACCCUGAAGAUCGAUUUCCACGAUCCCGACCGCGCCUACGACGCCGUGCAGCUCUUCGCUCUCACGGGGCCGGCUGAGAGCAAAGGGGAGAUCACUGCCGAGCUCCAGGGGGUAAUGAAGCGCCUGUGGGCCGACUCAGGGGUUCAGGAGUGCUUUCAACGAUCCAAUGAAUACCACUUAGAGGAUAACACUGCCUACUACCUGAACGAUCUGGAUCGCAUCUCUGCCGCCGAGUACAUCCCCACGGUGGAGGACAUCUUACGCUCCCGCGACAUGACCACGGGCAUCGUGGAGAACAAGUUCACCUUCAAGGAGCUCACCUUCAAGAUGGUGGAUGUGGGGGGGCAACGUUCGGAGAGAAAGAAGUGGAUUCACUGUUUCGAGGGCGUGACUGCAAUCAUUUUCUGUGUUGAGUUAAGUGGCUAUGACCUGAAACUCUACGAGGACAACCAGACGAGCCGUAUGGCCGAGAGCUUGCGUCUGUUCGACUCCAUCUGCAACAACAACUGGUUCACCAACACGUCACUCAUCCUCUUCCUCAACAAGAAGGACUUGCUGGCGGAGAAGAUAAAACGCAUUCCUCUGACAGUGUGCUUCCCCGACUACAAAGGUCAAAACACCUACGAGGAGGCGGCUGUCUAUGUGCAGCGGCAGUUUGAGGACCUCAACCGCAACAAAGAGACCAAGGAGAUCUAUUCGCACUUCACGUGUGCCACCGACACCAGCAACAUCCAGUUUGUGUUCGACGCCGUCACGGACGUGAUCAUCCAGAACAAUCUGAAGUACAUUGGGCUGUGCUAGGACCCGAUGCUCAAGCCGGUGGUGGGGGUGUUUGGGUGGGGUGGGGUGCAGCUUGCAGCUUGGCAGCAGUAGGCCCACCGUCAGGCCGGAUAAGCAAAGGCAUUUCACUCUGCCUGACGGUGUAUCUCUUCCAAGAGGUGCAACUGGCAAAGAGAGAGGUAGUAAGAUCGGAUGUGUGGACGAUACUGUAGAUUCAACCGAAACAACAGAGCCAAAUGGGCCGUGGUCAAGAUGGGAUUUUUACCCUAUGUGUUUGCACUGAAUAUGAGUAUGCAGAGACACCCAAACACAGACAUAAAACACAAACAUACUGAUCAACACACAUCCUCAUGGUUUGCUCACACACACGAUCUUCAGAUCAACUGUCGAACUCUUGUUUGACAAGGUGACACUGGAAAUUUUAGACAACUAGCCCCAACCUGCCAGUCGAACUGGAGACUGAGUAGAUGGCAUGUACUGGCAGUUUUUCUUUACUCGUCUCCUUUCUAUUAUUUGCCUGAGUCAAUUAAUGCUGCUUUACAGAAAAUCAUUUGGACAGAAUCAAUGCUCUCUUUUGGAUCUUCACCCAAACAAUAGUAAACUUUGAGUGCACCUGAUGAAAUGUAGAGAGAGCCUCUGAUUCUGGGGAAAACAAACUAAGUCAGUAGAUAUGAUGUCACAGGGUUUUUUGCCUACAAGAGGAAACUGCCACUGUUUAAAGUUGAGGUGAAAUAUGUUUUUUUUACACACUAUUUCUGUUCCUUCUCCUGGUCGACCCUCUGAUGUUGUUUGUUUACCCUUCCUCCGUUUAUCUUUUUGUGCUUUAAAAAGAAUAAUGUCUCUCAAGCCUGCCCUUUAUAGCAGGUCACUGACUUAUAAAACCAAGAGUAUGUUAGUCUCUGCAGAGUAAAAAGUAUUUAUGAUCAUUCCAGUUUCCAGCAAGAGACGACAAAAACAGUGCCAAGAUCAGUUUGUAAAUAAAAUCAGAUCCCAUCCGUUCAUAUUUUUUGUUUGUUUUGUUUUUAUGGACAAAUACAUUAAAACAUGCAUGAUUUUGUUACUUUGGGAUACUAAUAUAUUAUUUUCUUUGGGAUUAUGUUUCACUUUUCCUAGGUUUUAAAUAAUAUAUUCCCUACAUAUAUAUAUAUAUAUAUAUAUGUAAAGUUUAUGUAUAUAUAUAUAUAUAUAUACACACAUAUAUAUAUACAUAUAUACAUAUAUAUAUAUAUAUAUAUUUGGA